CGUAACUCACAAAAAAAACACAAAAAACGUAAUUUGUAGAGAAAAAGAAAUAAGGAGGAGAUCUGCCCGAAACAAUUUCACAAACAGCUCUCCUCCUCCUCCGCGACCAGAUCGGACCCGAUUUCUCAUCUGUCCGUACUUAAUUCUAGGGUUUAUUCCCCUUCAUUUCCGAUUCAAACUUUCAAAUCACCUUACCGUUAAAACUUUCACCGUUGGCUUCCUCAUUUUUCUUUUUCUGAAUUGCCCCUUUUUUCGAUUUUUUUUGUGAUCUUGGUUUAUAAUGGUAGUUUUCAAUUGAAGGUGAUUGAUGGUAUUUAGGGUUUCGUGUAAUCAUUAGUGCGAGUGAAAAUUGGGGCCUGAGUUUAUGAGAUUUGAGGGUUUUUGGUGGAAUUAGGGGCUUCAAUGGCGUCAGCGCAGGUGCUGCCGACCUCGCGCAAACAAGGGCAUUUGGAAGCUGGAAAGAAGAAGCUGGAGGAGUUCCGCAAGAAAAAGGCAGCUGAGCGAGCCAAGAAGUCUGCAUCCAGUAACCAACAUCACACUUCUGAUGUUAGCACAGUUCAGAAACAAUAUGUAGAGGCUGAACGUGUUACAUACUCCGAUGGCGCAAAUACAUCUGAAGGUCCCAUAAGUUUUGUUGAAGGCUUUGGUGUAGAUAUGAACAAUGGCAUCAAAGAAGUUGGUCUUAACCAAAAAAGUGAACAAAGUUAUUCGAAAGAUAUGGAUGUUAAUGAUCGUAGUUCAUCUUUGGUAGACCUAGCACCAACACAUGCAAAUAAUAUAGAUUUUCAGAAAUUUGAUGCCUCAGAACCUACUGAAACAGUUGAUGUCCAAGAGGGAAAAGAUAUGACUAAUGACAUUGGAUACUAUAAUGGAGCCCCAAAAAGACCACUUAAAGAUGGGAUUUUUAGCACUUACAGUCGAUCUAGUGGGAUGGAGUCUUUUCAGUCAAAAGAAAAUAACAGUUACUUGAAAGAUUAUGCUGCUAGCCUCUCUGGCUCUCCAUAUAUUAAUUUUACUACAAACUUUUCAGCUUCGAAUUCUGGUGGUUUUCAAAUGCCUAUGAAGCCCGGUUUUACUGGCUUGCUGGAAGUCGGCGGUAGUUCGCCUUAUUACCAAGACUCUAUUCAACCUACCACCAGCUCUAGAGUGUCCAUGACAGAAGUUGUUGAAGAUGUGCAUGGUGCUGCAAAGUCAAAUGAUCAUUUGGAUUCUGACUUGGAGGAAAGAAAGCAUAGUAGCUUUGCUAGUGGUUCCCCCAGCAUGCAUGGUGCAAAUAUUCAGUCGAGUGAUUCCACAGGCUUUGAUUCAGAUGUCAGAAGCUCCAUCGAUCGUGAGCCAUUACAUUCGAGCUUAACUGAAGUGAACUCUAGGAGAUACCGUCCAUCAUUCCUUGAUUCUCUCAAUGUUCCUAGAGCUACUGCAGGAACAAGUUUGCAACAGGAAGAAUUUGAGGACUCAUUUCUGUCCAGUAAUUCAAAUGUUGCUGGUGUAGAUACUUUCGGAUUAUCUGCCAACAGUAAGCUAUCAAAAGAAACUGACACUACGGGACCUUUCUCUAAGCCAAAAUAUUCUAAUAUGGCCAGCGCUUUUGAGCAUUCCACCAAGUUUUCAGUUCCUACUAGUAAUGGAGUUGACAUACUAAAGCCAAGUGUUAAUGAGAAUAGCUUGGAGAAAAAUCAUGGGUUUUAUUCACCUAAACAAGAUGAAGAUUUUGCUGCUUUGGAGCAGCACAUUGAAGAUUUGACUCGAGAGAAAUUCUCAUUGCAACGAGCACUUGAAGCAUCAAGAGUUUUGGCAGAGUCCUUAGCAGCAGAAAAUUCAUCCCUUACAGAUAGUUACAAUCAGCAGAGAAGUGUCGUCAACCAAUUAAAAUUCGACAUGGAAAAGUUACAGGAUGAAAUCAAGGUCAUAUUGGCAGAACUUGAGUCUGUAAAAAUGGAAUAUGCAAAUGCACAGCUUGAAUGCAGUGCUGCCGACGAACGUGCUAAGUUAUUGGCUUCUGAAGUGAUUGGUUUGGAAGAGAAGGCCCUCAAAUUGAGGUCAAGUGAGCUAAAGCUGGCAACGCAAUUGGAGAACUCAGAAGCUGAAAUUUCUUCAUACAAAAAAAAGAUGUCUAGUAUGGGGAAAGAGCGUCAAGAUUUACGGUCAACUAUCGAUGCUCUUCAAGAAGAGAAAAAACUAUUGCAAUCGAAGUUACGGAAAGCUUCUGGUGGCAAGUCUAUUGAUGCUAGCAAGGGUCCUACUCAGAGAAAAGAUAUAGCCACUACUACAGAAGAUUUAGAGACUUCCAACCAGGAAACACAACCUUCUAAUGUUGGAAGCGAAGCUGAGGGUCUUCCCUUGUUACAUGAACAUGGACUAUUAAAUCUUGAAGUUUCAUCUAUGCAUAUUCCCCCCGACCAAAUGAGGACGAUUAAAAACAUCAAUGCAUUAAUAUCUGAGUUAGCAUUGGAGAAAGAAGAGUUGACACAAGCAUUGGCGUCUGAGUCAUCUCAUUGCUCCAAGCUAAAGGAUUUGAACAAGGAGUUGUCCAGAAAACUUGAAGCUCAAACUCAAAGACUAGAGCUUUUGACCACUAAAAGUAUGGCCAAUGAGAAUAUUCCAGCAAGAUUGCCAGAUUCUCGGACCAUUCAGGAAAACACCCCAUAUGACGAAGGUGACGAGGUGGUGGAAAGGGUCUUAGGAUGGAUUAUGAAGCUCUUUCCUGGAGGUCCAUCAAGAAGAAGACCCAGCAAACUUCUUUGACAUGUGAAUCUCGGGAUCCUUUGUCAAUGAGAGCUUGCUCACAGACCUGCAUUUUUUGACACCUCCCAUCCAUCCCUUGUCUGAACGAUAUAAUAGAAACUACAAUUUGUAUAUCGAGUCAAAUGAGGAAUCUUACAAUUCAUUCUUUUUUUCGGUUGAAGGAAAUUGAGCUUGUUUUGCGAGGCCAUCCUUGAAAAAAGUGUCAAAUUCUUUCGGUAGAUGACAAUAAGAAAGGUCCCUGUUGCUGUAAUUGGUUCAUUUUUUUGGACCAUCAUUUCUUAAUUGGACAUUUAGUGGGUGUGGGGAGAGGAGAAAAUAGUUGUGCGGUCUUUGUAGACGAAGACUUUAAAGAUGUUCGUUAUAUGUGACUUGUUUAUUCACUUCAGUUUA